CACAUGCCGGCAAUGGAACCGGCGCCCCGGCGCGCGUUCCAAUUUAGUUCGCAGUCGCGGUCGGUCGUUCGUUUCUUCUCGGUGGUCGGGCGGAUCUUCCGGACAGAGAGUGUCGAUUGUCUGCGUUGUGUUGCAUCUCGCUCGGACGUUGUCGCGUGAUUACGUGCUUGCGCAGAAGUCGCCGCUGUCACACUACGCGAUUCAUCCCGCGUAAAUUCGUCGUGUGUGCGUGUGUGUCUGUAUGUAUGCGUGCUUGUGCGACACACGACGCGUGACGUUUUUCGCCUCCUCCAGGUGAAGUAUCCUUGAUAAUGGCCACGGAGCGUAACUACUACGACGGCUUUCGCACAUUCUCCUGGUUCGCGGAUCUCGUCGGGCUGCCGAUCGAUCAGGUGAAUUUUCUCUUGACGCAAUUCACCGCUCUCGUACUAGCCGGAGUAUUGAGAUCGCGUCUGAGUCCCGCCACCGUUACUCCAGCUACCAGACAUGUGUACGGUCUUACUAUUGGCCUUGCCCUCGGAUAUUUUUGCUUUGGCAGGCAAGCCGUUCAUCUCGUUGGUCUUCCCGCGCUAUGUUACAUAGCGAUGCUCACACAAAAUCCGCACAACGUGCAGAGGGUCGUUCUCGCAAUAGCGUUGAUCUACUUAUCGUGCAUUCACUUACAUCGUCAGAUGUAUGAUUACGGCUCGUACAAGCUCGACAUCACCGGUCCUCUCAUGGUUAUAACGCAGAAAGUAACUAGUCUAGCGUAUAGCAUUCAUGAUGGACUAACGCGUCGGGAAGAGGAGCUAACACAGAUGCAACGUCAUCAGGCUGUGCAAAAAAUGCCAAGUACUUUGGAAUACUUCAGCUACAUCUUCCACUUUCAAGCCUUGAUGGCUGGUCCGAUUAUAUUCUAUCGCGAUUACAUUGAUUUUAUACAUGGGAAUCAUUUGCCUGGCACAAAAUCUAUAGCGAGCUUUUACGAGAAGAGGAAUCAACAAAAUGAAAUUGUUGUGGAACCGUCGCCCACUCUAGUCGUCGCGAAAAAAGUCACAGCCAGUUUGUUAUGCGCGCUUAUAUUCAUCACGCUCAUUCCGACCUUCCCGAUACAACGUUUAAAAGAGAACGAAUUCCUGGAGACCACAAAUAUAUUUCACAUGAUAAUAUUCCUUAUGAUGACGACUAUGCUCGUACGAUUCAAGUAUUACCACGCUUGGUUGUUCGCCGAUGCGAUAUGCAACAAUUCCGGCCUCGGCUUCAACGGUUACGACGAACAAGGCAACGCACGCUGGGACAUGACGUCCAAUGUCGACGUGUACAAGUUCGAGAUGUCACUUACUCUUAGGGAUAGCAUCAGUAGUUGGAACAAAGGCACGAAUCUGUGGUUGCGAUCCCUCGUGUACGAGAGAACCGGUCGUAACAAAGUAUUGUACACGUACACCCUCUCCGCUAUCUGGCACGGUUUCUAUCCCGGCUAUUACCUUACGUUCGCGAGCGGAGCUCUCUUCACUAUUGCGUCACGUUCGAUUCGUCGUCACGUCCGGCCGUUGUUCUUAGAGUCCAGGCGAAUGAAGAUCUUCUACGAUGUGUUAACGUUUAUCACGACGAGGAUUGUGAUGGCCUACAUAACGUUCAGUUUUAUACUAUUAGAAUUUGUGCCAAGCAUCAAAGUGUACCUGCAUUUGUACCUGCUCCCGCAUUUAUUGGGUUUGUUCGCGAUACUUGUUGUGCCCCGUCUCGGGCUGUCGCGAAAGACGACGCGCAAGCAGUCAGAGAAGACUGAGACUGAUUUCUCUUCCAAUGCCAUCAGCAACGGAAACGCACAAAAAACUAUGUAGUCUUCGGAUCGUUAAGAAAAACAGAUAUUUUUUAUGGAUGUUUUUAAUAUAAAUAUAUAUACAAAUGUGUAUGUAUAAAUGUACCCUCUAUCUUCCCACAGUUGUAUUCAAUAUUUCUUGUUACGAUGCAUUACAAAUGUGAAAGUUUAUUAAAAAAAAAAGAAAAGAAAAACAAAAAAAAAAAAAACCGGGCCGUGUACAUUUAUGUAAAUUAUGAAAACUGAUCUAUCGUUUUUUACAUAGACAUGUGAUAAGCGAAAUAAAUUUUAUAAUUGGCCUAAAUACAAAUGGUUGUUUUUA